AAUCAAUCAAAUUCACAUACUAGCGUUAUAGCAAAUGUAUUGUGGCUUUCGAUUGCUGCUUAUUUUGCAUCUAAAUAAGCAAGUAAGUUUCUAAACCGUAAGCAUCCUUCCUAGAACAUUCAAGCAGUCCGCACAAGCCAUUCGGCUGUAUGGUAUAUAAACAUCAUUACUUCCACUCUAAACUGUAUAAGCUCUAUACACAACCCAUAUUCAACAAUGACUUCCGUGACAAUUAACAAGAGAGAUUUCAAUCUAGCCGGUUUAUUGUUUAAACCUUCAAAGCCAUCUUCCGAUAAAAGUCCUGCUAUUAUUGUGGUACACCCGGGAGGCGGAGUAAAGGAACAAACUGCUUCAAUAUAUUCAAGACGCUUUGCAGAGCUAGGAUACGUAACGUUGACAUUUGACGCUUCCUAUCAAGGAGAAAGCGGUGGUAAGCCACACUUUCUUGAGGAUCCAGAAGCAAGGACAACGGAUGUUAAUGCAGCGGUUGACUAUCUCGAGAAUUUAAAUGAAGUAGAUUCAAAUCGAAUCGCCGUUUUCGGAAUUUGUGCUGGUGGUGGCUAUUCUGUCUGUGCUGCAAAGACAGAUUACCGUAUCAAGGCAGUCGCUACAGCUAGUAUGGUGAAUAUCGGUGACGGCUUCCGUCGCGGUUGGUAUGGCAAAGAUGACCCGGCAAAACAAGUAGAUACUUUGAAAUUUAUCGCCCAAUCUAUACAAGCUGAGAACGGAGGAAAACAACCAGAAUAUUUGCCUUAUGUUCCCGAAAAACCUGACAAGGAUACACCGCCAGACAUGGCAGAGGCUUCUGACUAUUAUCGAACACCCCGAGCUCAGCACCCUCGAUCGGAAAAUAAAAUGUCAAUGCGAAGUCCUCCCUUAAUUUCACGAUUUGAUGCAUUUCACCUCGUUGAGACGUUUCUUCAAGCACCUUUACUUGUCAUUGCAGGUGAUAAAGCUGGAUCCGCUUGGCAUAGCACAGAGUUGGCUGAACGCUUAGGAAGCAAGCGUGCCCAACAAUUGAUUGUCCCAGGUGCGACUCACAUGGAUUUCUAUGAUCAGCCUGGCCCAGUCGAAAAAGCUGUUAGCGCUGCUGAUGCAUUUUUCAAGAGCACUUUUGGUUUGUAAUGAUUUUUUGAAUAAUAUUGAUUUUUCAUACGAAUAAAGUUGUGCAAUCUUUCGUCACUUGUGAUGCAGAUUUUUUCUGCAACCACGUCCUGGCAGAGGAGAUAUAUCAUAUGAUCUUGCUUCUUCACCAUUUUGUCAUAUCCC